UUUAUUAUACUUAUAAUAUUUUAAUUUAAAAUGAUUACAUUUUUUUUUUUUUGAAAACAUAAAAUGAUUACAUCAAUAACUCGCCCUGACCUUUUCUCCAAAAUCCUCAUGAUCGCCUCCUCUCCAAGGUAUUUGAAUGAUGUGGAUUACUAUGGAGGGUUCGAGCAGGAAGAUUUGGACCAACUUUUUGAAGCGAUGAGGGGGAAUUACAAAGCGUGGUGUUCUGGGUUCGCACCAUUGGCGGUUGGUGGGGAUAUGGACUCGGUUGCGGUUCAAGAGUUUAGUCGGACCCUUUUCAAUAUGAGGCCCGAUAUAGCGUUGAGCGUGGGCCAGACUAUAUUCCAAAGCGACUUGAGGCAGAUUCUGGGCUUGGUCACUGUUCCAUGCCACAUAAUCCAAAGUAUGAAGGACCUGGCUGUUCCUGUAGUUGUGUCCGAGUACCUACACCAGAACCUGGGGUCCGACUCCAUCGUCGAGGUCAUGUCAACAGAAGGUCACUUGCCCCAGCUCAGCUCCCCAGACAUAGUCAUCCCCGUCUUGCUUCGGCAUAUUCGUUGUGACAUAGCUGUUUGAACCAUGAACAACAUCAUCAUUAGUUACCAACAUAACAAAUACGUGAGCCGUAUCUUUAAUUAGUUAUCGGAUUAAUUGGAUUCGUUGAAAUUUGCAAGGGGAUGACUUCAACUAUAAGUCGAUGGAAAAUUAAGUGUACUUCAGUUCUCGGAUUAAUUAGUACGUACGACGUCGUUUUGAUGCAUGUACAACUGUAAAGUCUGUAUUAAUUAAUUGGUGUAAUGUAACAAUAUUUGAUCCGCUUGGUGCUACUAGUACUUGUUUGACUAUUGUGACAAAGGUCAUAUAUCAAGCGUAAAUGUAAUGUGUUGACUAUUGAGAGACUUCGUGGGUCAUAUAACGCCAGCCCAAAUGCAGAUAACGCCAGAUGCUGCCGAUAACGCCAGCCCAAAUGCAGAUAAAAUUGAGUAGUGACAGUUAUUACAAUCUUCUUAAUGGCCUCUUUCUUUUUUGUUCUUGUUUUAUUUUGGCUGAUUAUUUGUAGUUGGUGGCUCAUAUAUGUGUUUGUUGUAGGCAUUUUUUUUCUACUUGGUUCUAAUUCUUUUUACACCUCGAGUUCUUGAUCUUUUAGGAUCAAAUGUAUUUUUCUUUUUAAGCC